CAGUCACGUCGGCAUGAGAAGCAGAAAGAAAAACAGCUUCACGGGCCAAUUUUAGUGAUAACGGGGGAAAACAAUAACCUCAGCACCACUCGUUAUAGCUCGCAGGCGGAACGAUGCGUUGCUCGUAACGUAGGGUGAAGAGAAGAAGCUAGCUAGUUUAGCCACGCAGUGUGCCAGUCAUUAUCCUGGAGCUAACUAACGGCUAACUGGUCUCUGAAGAGAAAGCAAUCAUGACACAGAAAGUCAAUCUGUGUUCGGUUUCCCUGGGAGUGGUGGGAAUGACUUGUGGCUCCUGUGUCCAGUCCAUCGAGCAGCGCAUCGGUUCGCUCCCUGGAGUGAUACAUAUAAAGGUGUCUUUAGAGCAGAAGAAUGCCACGGUCACAUUUGACGACAGCCAACAUAGCCCAGAGUCUCUGUCAGAGGCCAUCGAGGACAUGGGCUUUGAAUCAAGUCUCUCAGACUCCAGCACAGCCACACCCGUCUCCACAGAUACGCAGCUGAUCUCCACCUCAGGCCUGACACCUGCAGCUCAACAGGAGGCUUUGGAGAAGCUGUCCCAGUUUCAGGGAGUGUUGGAUGUCAGAGAGAGCCCGGCCCAGCUGGGCAUCACUGUUACCUUUGUUCCUUCCCUGACUUCUGCGCAGCAGCUGAGUGAGGUGGUGGCCAUCUUGACACCUCUGGAGAAGCCCGCACCCAGCAGUCCAAAGCAAAAAGGCCCAGCGGGAAGCGGGGUGGCGCUUCUUAAGUUGAACAUUGAAGGAAUGACCUGUCACUCCUGCACCACCACUAUUGAAGGGAAGAUUGGAAAGCUGAAAGGGAUUGAGAAGAUCAAAGUUGUGUUAGAGACUCGGGAAGCUACAAUUGUGUACCUGCCGCACUUCGUCACCGUCCAAACCAUCACCGACCAGAUUGCCGUGGCGGGCUUCAAUGCAUUUGUCAAGUGCAAGCCUCGGCCUUUGCAGCUGUCCCUCAGUGAAAUCGAACGUUUAGUUGAUUCUCAAAAACCAACCGUUUCUUCGCCCUCAGAGACGUCAGAGGAGACUGAAAUCUUCAUAGACACGACUCUCAUCGCGCUGAGGGUGAAAGGCAUGCACUGCCGUUCAUGCGUGGUCAAUAUCCAAGACAAUAUCUCCAUGCUGCCUGGUGUCUCCUCUGUGGAGGUCUCUCUGGAGAAGGAGAAGGCCUCCAUCUGCUACGAUCCUCUACAGGUCACUGUGACUCAGUUGCAGCAGGCCAUUGAGGCGCUGCCUCCAGGAAGCUUCAAGACUCAAACCUGGGACUCCUCUGGCCCUCUCUGUUCUGUGUCCACAUCGCCAACGCCACCUCGGCCUGCACGAGCAGCCCAGGCAAAACCUGCUGCCUCUCCGCCUUGCUUCACCCAGCCUCUAGCGUCUGUCGUCAAUAUUCACAUCGAGGGCAUGACGUGCAACUCCUGUGUCCAGUCCAUCGAAGGCAUGAUCUCCCAAAGGAAGGGGGUGAUUUCGGCCCACGUCUCUCUGUCUGAUCACCAGGGCACCUUUGAGUACGAUCCCCUCCUGACCACAGCGGAGGAGCUGAGGGAGGCCGUGGAGGACAUGGGCUUCGAUGCAUUCCUACCUGAGACCAAUUCUCUGCUGCCUGCACCAAAUCCCAGUCUCUCCAAGUCUUCGAGUCUUUCACAUGUGAAAGAUAAGGAGUUGGACAGCGACCUACACAAAGAAACCCUUCAGGGACACGACAGAGACACGCACUCUAAAUGCUACAUCCAGAUAGGAGGGAUGACCUGUGCUUCCUGCGUGGCUAACAUCGAGAGAAACCUCAAGAAUGAAUCAGGUAUCUACUCGGUGCUGGUGGCACUGAUGGCCAGUAAAGCAGAGGUGCGUUAUAACGCUGAGCUCAUCGACCCCGUGAAGAUAGCCGAGUUUGUGGAGGAGCUGGGCUUCACCGCCUCUGUGAUGGAGAACUACGAAGGUUCAGAUGGAAACCUAGAACUAGUGGUCAGGGGGAUGACGUGUGCCUCUUGUGUUCACAAAAUUGAAUCCAGCCUCAUGAGAGAAAAGGGGAUUAUAUAUGCCUCUGUUGCCUUGGCAACAAACAAAGCACACAUUAAGCACGACUUGGAAAUCAUCGGACCGCGAGACGUCAUCAAGCUCAUCGAGAAUCUGGGGUUUGAAGCGUCGUUGGUGAAGCAUGAUCGUACGGCCUCUCACCUGGACCACAGCAAAGAGAUCCGACAGUGGAGGAAAUCUUUCCUGGUGAGCCUGUUUUUCUGUGUGCCUGUGAUGGGCAUGAUGACCUACAUGAUUAUCAUGGACCACCAGAUGAGUGCUUCACAUCAGCACAAUACCACUGUGGAGGACCGCAACCACUACCACGCCACCAUGUUCCUGGAGAGACAGCUGCUCCCAGGGCUGUCCAUCAUGAACUUCCUCUCCUUCCUCUUCUGUGUGCCUGUACAGUUUAUUGGAGGUCGCUACUUCUACAUUCAAGCCUACAAAGCAGUCAAACACCGAUCUGCAAACAUGGACGUGCUAAUAGUUCUGGCUACCUCCAUAGCCUUCACCUACUCGCUGGUCAUCCUAAUAGUUGCCAUGGCGGAGAAGGCAAAAGUCAACCCCAUCACCUUCUUCGACACUCCGCCGAUGCUCUUCGUCUUCAUCUCCCUGGGGCGCUGGCUGGAACAGAUAGCCAAGAGCAAGACCUCUGAGGCUUUGUCCAAGUUGAUGUCUCUACAAGCCACUGAGGCCACAGUGGUUACGCUCGGCAGUGACAAAUCCCUUCUCAGUGAGGAGCAGGUGGAUGUUGAGCUGGUGCAGAGGGGCGAUGUGGUGAAAGUCGUUCCUGGAGGGAAGUUUCCAGUAGAUGGGCGGGUCAUCGAGGGGCACUCCAUGGCCGACGAGUCGCUGAUCACAGGUGAGGCUAUGCCCGUGACGAAGAAGAUCGGGAGCUCUGUGAUCGCAGGCUCCAUUAACCAGAAUGGCUCUCUGCUCGUCAGCGCUACACAUGUUGGCAUGGACACCACGCUGUCUCAGAUCGUCAAACUUGUCGAGGAGGCUCAGACGUCAAAGGCUCCCAUCCAGCAGUAUGCAGAUAAGAUCAGUGGCUACUUUGUACCCUUCAUCAUUGGCAUAUCCGUCCUCACGCUGAUCGCCUGGAUCUUCAUUGGCUUUUUAGACUUCUCUCUCGUGGAGAAGUACUUUCCUGGUUACGACAAGAGCAUUUCCAAAGCUGAGGCCGUGAUUCGUUUCGCCUUCCAGGCCUCCAUAACGGUGUUAUGCAUCGCAUGUCCCUGUUCCCUUGGCUUGGCAACCCCGACAGCUGUCAUGGUGGGCACAGGGGUCGGAGCCCAAAAUGGCAUCCUGAUAAAGGGAGGAGAGCCACUCGAGAUGGCGCAUAAGGUAGAGUCAGUGGUGUUCGAUAAGACUGGGACCAUCACGUAUGGCGCUCCGAAGGUUAUCCAAGUCAAGAUAGUGGUGGAGGGGAACAAGAUGCCUCGUUCCCGACUGCUGGCCAUUGUGGGUACAGCGGAGAACAACAGUGAACACCCUCUGGGAGCAGCCAUCACCAAAUACUGCAAACAGGAGCUCAGCACAGAGUCUCUUGGCGCAUGCACCGACUUUCAGGCGGUGCCCGGCUGUGGCAUCCGGUGUCAGGUCAGCAACACGGAGGCCCUGCUGAGACAGGCAGACAGUGACAGCGAGGACGACAACCAGCGCAACAGCGUCCUCGUCCAGAUCAGUGACACCGGGAUAUCCACCAGCUCCCAUCCCCUCAUCAUGGACCCAGAGCCACUAAGCCUUGUUCAGACAGCCAACUACGUCGUGUUGAUUGGCAACAGAGAGUGGAUGAAAAGGAAUUGCCUGCAGAUUAGACCGGAUAUAGAUGAGGCCAUGAUAGAGCACGAGCGCAGAGGACGCACUGCUGUUCUAGUAGCUGUAGACAGUCUGCUGUGUGCGAUGAUAGCCAUUGCAGACACGGUGAAACCGGAGGCUGAGCUGGCUAUUCGCACCCUGACCAGCAUGGGUCUGGAGGUCGUGCUGAUGACCGGAGACAACAGCAAGACGGCACGAGCCAUUGCUGCUCAGGUCGGCAUCAAGAAGGUGUUUGCCGAGGUGCUGCCCUCCCACAAGGUGGCCAAGGUGGAGCAGCUGCAGCAGGCGGGAAAGAGAGUCGCCAUGGUGGGCGACGGUGUCAACGACUCGCCUGCUCUGGCCAUGGCCGACGUGGGCAUUGCCAUAGGAACCGGGACAGAUGUGGCCAUAGAGGCAGCAGAUGUGGUUUUGAUCAGGAAUGACCUCCUGGAUGUGGUGGCCAGCAUCGACCUUUCUAAAAAGACUGUCAGGAGGAUCCGGAUCAACUUCAUGUUUGCUCUCAUCUACAACCUGGUUGGCAUUCCUAUUGCUGCUGGUGUGUUCCUUCCUAUUGGCCUGGUGUUACAGCCGUGGAUGGGCUCUGCAGCGAUGGCUCUGUCGUCCGUCUCUGUGGUUUUGUCCUCCCUUCUACUCAAAUGUUACACUAAGCCCACUGCUGAGAUGUUGGAGGCCAGACUGGGUAACAGCAGCAGGCGGCAGGGCAGCCUGUCCGACGUCAGCGUCCACAUCGGCAUGGGCGAGCUGCGUCGUCCCUCCCCCAGACUCAGCCUGCUGGACCGCAUUGUGAACUACAGUCGUGCCUCCAUCAACUCCCUGCGCUCCGACAAGCACUCGCUCAACAGCUUGGUGCUCAGCGAGCCCGACAAACACUCGCUGCUGGUGGGGGAGGCGCAGUGUGAAGAGGAGUUCUGCUGAAUGACCACGUAAGGCUCACACGGGUCAGCAUUGACUUUUAUGAUGGCGAAGAAGUAGAUGGCGAAUGCGUUUAUUCAAGGCUCGGCCGUGCUAAGCUUAAAGGGUUGAAUAGCGGUCCAUCCGUCUGCUGUAGAGGCCUCAGGGCAGCGCCGUUGACUUACAUGCCCCUCGUUUUCUUUUAGCUGAAACAGCUGAUCACAUGCACUUCAGAGCUCGAGGGGGGGGCUUUCUGUCCCUCAGUUGCAGCCUGUUUGUUGAGGUCGCCCCCCCCCUCGGGCACGCUCUGACCAACCCUAUGACACUCUCUGUGUGCACAAGAGUGAAGCCUCCACACAGAGCCUUCCACAACCAGGAAGCAGAAGGACAAUCAGCUCAGCUGCCAGGACAAUCUUUAACACCCAUCCAAAGACAUGUCACCAGUGGUGCCCCGUAUACGAGAGGACACUGCUUGUUAUAUUUUAACUCACUUCCUUGAAUGAAAAAUUAUUAUAACGCUGUUGUAUAAUUCUAUUCCAGAGUAUUUAUAUUACCUUUUAUUUAUCUUUUUUCAUUAUAUCCUUUGUGAAACAUGAAGUUGUUGAAUCCAAAAUGCGAAUUUUCACUUUCAAUCUCCCAAAUUGUGUAAUUAGUGAGAAAAGAAGUCUUGUGACUCGAUGGAAUCAGAUGGUUUGUGCAGAGUGCUAAUGGAGUGAGUUGUAAAUGUCAAUGUUACCCAAGUGCCAAUUGAAGUGCCACCUUGGCAAAGUCCACCACAUUCCAAAGAUAGCACCGAGCCGAGGUUACCUCGCACUGAAAGGGGAAACGGAGUGAACAGAGAAGGUCAUCAGCUCACUGCAGAGACUCGACGCCAACGACGGAAGACUCGAUCAAAUGUUCCUACAGCUGUGUCGACCCUCUGCGUCUUUGCCUAACGAUCCAGGAUGUCGCUCGCUGAAUAUGAACGUUAUUCGCUGUUAAACUUAAACGGAGAUUGUUACAUGGACGACCUAGUUUGUGCUUUAAUUACUUUAGCUGCUCGUUGCAAAGAGAAGGAUUUGUGUCGUGAUGCAGUUCGUUGUGAAAAAGCCAAAUGGGCCUUUUUUCACGGAAGACAUUUUGGAAUGUCACAGUAGGAAAAUGGCUGGUGUGAAUAGUGACAUGAAUGAAGGCUGGAUUCCAUUUAGCUGCUUUAGUUUCAUAUUGUGCAGGCUGUGGCCCACUUAGGAGGGACGUGUACUUAACGUUAACACAAGUAACUCUUUUCCUACUAUCACUCAAAAUGUCUGCUGUGGAAAAAACAAGCCUAUCACAGAUGCAUCUGUGUUCUGUCUGUCGUCACACUAGACAAGAUGUGAUUGUUUCCAGGAAUGUCUGUCAGUGGUGUGUCUUUGUGCUUUUUUUUUAUGUGAAUCACACUGUUGCCCUUGAUCAAAGAAACAUCUUUAAAGCCACACAGCAGGAUCAGCAGACUGAACACAGCUGUGUCUCAGCAGCACCACCAAACACGUCACUGAGGGACAAACGUUGAUGAAUUAAGUAGAGUUACUUACACAUCACACGGCACACGUUGUAUAAUCGAGAUGACAUCUUUCAGUAGUAGGCAGCUGCUGUUAAACUGUGCUUUAUUAUUUCUCCGGUAAAAGUAUAACAAAGAUGUUCUGCUUUACUAUCGACUGUGUCAACUCAGGACAUGAUCACUACAGUCCGGCUAUUCCUGUCAUUUUUGUGUCUGAGCCCCUCUAGUAAUUCUUUCGGAUGAUUGAAGGAGCCGCCAGUUUGUCCUGCUGCUUUCCCAUGAUGCAUCAGGGUUCUGUAGCUGUCAAAGCGCUCUGUGUGCAGUUGUUUUCGUUGCAUUGCUUUGUGAAGACGGCCGUAGGGCUUCGGUUCCGUGAAGCCAGUUUGCUGUCUUUCAUAGUUCUUCUGAACAUGAUGUGCCUUGGAAUAAAGCACUUUUGUAACGUCA